ACAAGCCUUUGCAACUUAUAAACACCCCAUUUCACAUCAUUUCACAGUUCAAAUCCCAAUCAAUCCGCAGCUCCAUGGCAGACGAAGUAGACUAUGAAGCGCUACCUACAACCUCCGUCGCAACCAACAUGCUGGCAGGAGCACUGGCGGGUAUCACAGAGCACACUGUCAUGUAUCCGCUCGAUAGUGUGAAGACCCGAAUGCAAGUUCUAUCACCAAGUCCACAAGCCAUAUAUAGCGGUGUCGCCAAUGCACUCUCUCGCAUCACAACAGCUGAGGGGUUUGCUACCCUGUGGCGAGGAGUAAACUCUGUUAUCGUUGGUGCAGGACCAGCACACGCCUUGUAUUUUGCGUCAUACGAAAAAUGUAAGGAGGUCUUUAGCAACAUGGACAAUGGAUACCACCAUGUAUCACACGCGAUGGCAGGAGCAUGUGCAACUAUUGUCAGCGAUGGUUUGAUGAAUCCAUUUGAUGUCGUCAAGCAGCGGAUGCAAGUACACGGGUCCACUUACCGCGGCGUAACAGAGGCAGCAUUGGACAUUUUCAGAAAAGAAGGACUCAGCGCAUUCUACAUCUCCUAUCCCACAACUCUCAUGAUGACUAUCCCUUUCCAAUCGAUUCAUUUUGCCACAUACGAGUACUUUCGCAAGUAUCUGAAUCCAAGCGGAAAAUAUGAUCCAAAAACUCAUAUCGUUUCCGGAGCCAUUGCGGGUGCGGCGGCAGCGGCACUUACAAAUCCUCUUGAUGUGGCCAAAACACUUUUGCAGACAAGGGGAGCGGUCGUUGACCAGACGAUCAGGCAUGCUUCUGGGUUGGCUGAAGCAUUCCGUCUCAUUUACCAGCGACAUGGUUUGGUCGGAUUCACGAUGGGGGCACGAGCGCGGAUUCUAUCUCAUAUGCCGGCAACGGCCAUCUGCUGGACAACGUAUGAGUUUAUGAAAAUGAUUCUUUCACAACAACCUGGAUUCCAAAAAGAACCCAUUCAACUUGCCGAAACACCUCAGGGCUAAACCACCAACAUAUUCGAACACGAUAGGAUACUGGGGUUAUAGAGGAAGGAGGCCUGACUGACAGCGUCACAUCUACGAGCGAGUUGAGAGCUCGUCAUAAGAAGUGACGGCUCAGGACUUCUUCAUUUAGUGGUGAGGGACUGCCAGAAGUAUUCGGAGGUGCUGAGGGCAGCCCCUUGAUUACUGUCGCUGUUCCGUAUUUAAGGACACCCAGUAUCGAACAUAACUGGUGUGCUUAAUGUUGUUUGCACUAUCUAAAUUCAAUUUUUGUAUUGCUCGCUCAAUACACACUUAUAAUUAUAUAUCAUAUCGACGAAAAGGA